CUUAUGACUGUAACUAGUAUUUCACUCACUUAUCAGUAUAUUUAUCACUUUUUCCCCUGCUCUAGAUGGAUCAAAGCCCAAGCCCAAGUUUAUGACAAAUAUUUCGGCCCCGAAGAUCCCUGAUGGUGAAAAAGUGGACUUUGAUGAGAUGAGCAGGAAGCGUCAGGAGAAGGAUCUGGCCGAGCUGCAGUCUCUUAUUGAGGCUCACUUCAUCCAGAGGAAGAAGGAGGAGGAAGACCUCAUUGCCCUUGUUAACAGGAUUGAAAAGCGUCGUGCUGAAAGAGCCGAGCAGCAGAGGGUCAGAGCAGAGAGAGAGAAGGAGAGGCAGGCCAGGCUGGCGGAAGAGAAAGAGCGUAAAGAGCAGGAGGAGCAACGUAGGAAGCACGACGACGAUGCCAAGAAGAAGAAGGCCCUCACAAACAUGACUGCACAGUACACCGCUGGACAGAAAGGUGGCGGAGAGAAGAGAGGAGCCAAGAAACAAACUGAGAGAGAGAAGAAGAAGAAGAUCCUGGCUGAGCGCAGGAAGCCUCUCACCAUCGAUCAUCUCACCGAGGAUAAACUCAAGGAGAAGGCUAGUGAAAUGUGGCAGUCGCUGAUGGGGCUGGAGGCGGAGAAAUUCGACCUCAGUGAGAAGCUUAAAAGACAGAAGUAUGAUAUCAACCAGCUUCUUGCUCGAGUUCAAGACCACCAAAGUGCCAAAGGCCGUGGCAAGGGCAAGAUGGGCGGUCGGCUGAGGUAAAGCUGCUGCCAAACGGAGCCCAGGCAGACGUCGCGCCAGCGCCCGCCCCCGCCCCACACCUCUGCAGUCACUGUGUUCUUUGUUCUGUUGUGUUGGGCUAUAUCAUCAUGAGCUCAAAACAAUAAAUAAGUCAGUGCACCCUCGCUGAUACGUCUCUGUAAACCACGUACAUACCGUCUUUUUCUGUGUACAUUCGUCCAACAUACAGCACAGGACAAUAAUACUUUUAUACAAAAACAGCAACAAAUGUGUCUGAUUUAGCUUGCUUUCAGGUCUACAUCGAACAUGACGCCUUUAAAAAUAAGGAAAUAUCUAAAUAAAGCAAGUUCAAUUCUUUGGAAAUAAAUUUGCGGCAAAUAUAUUGCAUCAAGAUCUAAUAAAGAGAAUGCCUACAUGCUUAA